CUCAACCCAGCGGGUACGGAGGGGACGGAUCAGGACGGAGGGGUUACAGAAGGACACAGGGACAGAGGGAGAAGAUGAAAGUUGAUAUCUUCUCACUUUAUGGUCAGCAACAUGAGGACACUUCAUCCAAGAGACACGGCCAUGGGGGACCCCCUGUCAGACUGCAGCCCCCUCAUCAGUGCUGCAGCCUCCUGUAAACUCCGCCUGGUCCGCCUGCUGGUGGAGGGUGGGGCUCAGGUCAACAGGCACAACCCGAAAGGAGAGACCCCUCUCCUGGCUGCCUGUAAGGCUCUGAGAGGGGAGCCUGCCGGACCUGAGACGGUGAAACUCCUCACCUACCUGCUCCAGAACAAGGUUUCAUCAGAAAUACACUUCUUGAGUUGCUGUCUUCUGUCAACUGGCCUCCUUCGUACCAAUCAGGCAGAACCAAACGCGCAGGACCGGGCUGGACGCACUGCUCUGAUGUACGCCUGUAUGGAGCGAGCCGGAGCUCAGGUGGCGUCCACCCUGCUGGCUGCAGGAGCCGACCCCUGCAUGGAGGACUACUCCGGAGCCUCAGCGCUGGUGUACGCCAUCAAUGCACAGCACCAGCCGACACUGAAGGUGCUGAUGGAUGCCUGCCGAGCCAGGGGUCGCGACAUCAUCAUCAUCGCCACGGAGAUGAAUGUGAGUGGAGGCCCGGUGACCAGGCGUUACCUGAAUGUAACUCCAUCUCCAGACACCUCGCCGGUGUCCUGCAUGUCCCCGUCUGACAUCGUCCUCAAGACGGGCUCACCCAACUCACCCGAUGGAGAAAACAUCUUCAACUUCAGAGGAACUGGCAUGAGACGAAGCAGCAGCAGCAGCAGACAUCCCUCCUGUGAGCUGAGUCCGUUGAGCCGGAGUAGCACUCCUCCGCCCAGACAGAGAAGGUUAUCUGAACCAUGGCUGGCCAUUCACAACCUGGCCUGUCUGAACCGGGCUUACGAGGAGGGUAUGAUAGAGAGGAGGAGGGAGACCGGAGGGAGGGGAGAUGAGGAGCCACAUUUUCAUCAGUGCAGAGUGGAAGAGAGGAUGGAGAGUGCGGUUCAAAGGAGGGAUAACAGGUAUGGAGGAGAGAAUUACGACAGCUGCAGCGAGGAUUUUCUACCGAGGCUUUCUCGCUCAGUCCUCUCCCUCACAGAGAUGAGCUCGUCUCAGGCAACUGUAGGCAGACUGGUCCCUAAGAGGUGUUUGAUGCCUGGAGGUUCAACUUCGGACAACAUGACCCUAAAAAGCUGCGUUGAUAAGCUUCGCGCCUGUUUGUCACCUCACUCCCAACUCCGCAGGAACACCCUCCCCUCCAUCACGGUGGUUCCUCCUCUGCUUCACCUCCCGCCCUUAGUCGACCAAUCAGACUUCCACCUCCAGGUUCCCGCUUCCAAAAGCAGGAGCAUGAGGUUUCUGCCUCACCCGCCCAGCUCCUCUUCAACCUCUUCUUCAUCCAGAGCAUCUGUAAGACUCCCACGGCUGCCACCCGCCUCCUCCGUCACCUGCCUAGUGUCGCCUCCUGGCUCGUGCUGCAGCGAGAGGAGCAGGAGGUCACGGCGUCACCACUCGGUACAGAUCAGCGGGGGAGGAGAAACCAUGUAGGCCCUCAUUCCUCCUGGGGUCUUCAGUAUAACAGAUUACAAGUUUGGACAUUUUGAUAGUAUCUAUAGGAGUUCCCUUACAGAGGAGACCAGGAGCAUGGACAGAGUUGAACAGCGUAGUUGAUAUAUAAUGAAUUUAUUUAGGCGAAAUGUAAAAUAAA